AUGUCCCCGCUGCCCUGCCGGGCUGGUGAGCGGCCGCCAGUGUGCACGGGGGCGCCGCCGAAGCGGGACUGCCCGGCACAGAAGCCGGCUCCUGCAAGCCCGUCAGCUCGGGGUGCCGACGGCAGGAGGCUGGCUAGCUGGCUCCGCAGGACACUUCCAAAGUUCAUUUCGCUCAGCACCCCUGAGCACCCUGGUCGGAGGGGCCUCUUGAGGCCCACGCAGACUCUCACACGCGUGUGUCUCGAGACGUGUCACCCGUUGUCAAGUGCGCGGGAGGGCCCUCGGGCCGGAGCCAACGGAGCGGAGGCGGACGCCGCGCAGCAGAGACGGGGCGGGGGCGGGGCUGGCUUCCCAGAAACAAACACCCGCGUCUGCUCCGGCGCCGCGCCGCAGACCCCCGUCUCACCACCGCCGGCGGAGACAGACCGCACAGAGGAGAGCGGGGCCCCCGGGCUGAGAGGCUCCUGGGGCGGCUCACGUCUCUGUGAGAUGCAGGAGACCCCCACCCCUGUGGGCGGCAAGGACGGGCCACCGCUCCCGGGCGCUCCCUGGGCAGACGCACGCAGCCAAGAGGUGGCAGGGACACCGGAGGCGCAGCGCGCCCCGACGUUCGCCCGAGACUGUUCCAUCAUUUUUUAG